AGAUAUGAGGUAAUAAUAACUGUCUGAAGAAGUCGAAGAAGGGGAAGCUAAACUGUUGGGUGACUCCCGCAUCGUGUGUGUGUGUGUGUGUGUGUGUGUGUGUGUGAGAGAGAGAGAGAGGUUGAGAUUUGACUGCGCACCCAACACAGCUGUGACUCUCUCCGAGCGGAACAUUAACACAGGAGGAUGAGUUUCUUAUUUGGAAAUCGCUCAUCCAAGACAUUCAAGCCCAAGAAGAACAUUCCAGAAGGUUCCCACCAAUACGAGCUGCUGAAACAUGCUGAGGCGACACUGGGCAGCGGGAACCUGCGCAUGGCCGUCAUGUUGCCAGAUGGAGAAGAUCUGAAUGAAUGGGUUGCAGUGAACACGGUGGACUUCUUUAACCAGAUCAACAUGCUUUAUGGAACUAUCACAGACUUUUGCUCUGAGGACAGCUGUCCAGUUAUGUCUGCAGGACCCAAAUAUGAGUAUCACUGGGCCGACGGCACCAACAUCAAAAAGCCAAUCAAAUGCUCUGCUCCUAAAUAUAUUGACUACCUGAUGACCUGGGUGCAGGAUCAGCUUGAUGAUGAAACUCUCUUCCCAUCCAAAAUCGGUGUCCCCUUUCCCAAGAACUUCAUGUCUGUGGCCAAGACCAUUUUGAAACGUCUCUUUCGUGUAUAUGCUCACAUUUACCACCAGCACUUUGACUCAGUCAUGCAGCUGCAGGAGGAGGCACACCUCAACACCUCCUUUAAGCACUUCAUCUUUUUUGUCCAGGAGUUUAACCUAAUUGACCGCAAGGAACUCGCACCACUUCAAGAGCUGAUUGACAAACUGACAACCAAGGACAGAUAGAUAGACAUGAAAAAAAUAAUGAUUCUUCUGUCAAGUUACUGAUCUCCAUCUUGCCUUUUUCCUGCCUUUCUCAGUUGCUUUCGUUCUCUGUACAGAUGCCCUACUCUGGUUUAUACUCUAGAGCACAUGCUAAGCUAACGUUAGCUGGGCAACAGGGGAUGCCAUUCUAUAACAGCAUAAAGUGGGCUAGCACAAUGCUAAUGGAUGAAAAGGGAGUUAGCUAGUGUCCUUCCGUAGUCACACAAUUUUACAGACUUUAAUUAGAAGUUUUUGAUUUUAGUUUCAAAAGUAAACCAUGUUUUCCUGCUCCUUAACUAAACUUUUUUUUAAACCAGGAACUGUUUAAAGGAUACUUCAUGACACAUUGCAGUGUUGUUUUUUUAUGUUUCUCUCCUCAGAACAUGAAGUUGUUUUUCUCAGUUUGUUGUGACAAGUACACCAGAGGCCAGGUGGAACAGCACCAGUCUGUUAAUAAGUGAUGUUUGUUUGAGGGUGCUUGUGAGCAUGUCCCAGUUUUCAAUGCAGGUGAUGCUAACAGCAAACAAAUACUGUAAAGAAUGAUACUUAUAGUCUAUUUUCCUAUGCAAUACCAUGCUGAAUUAUUCGGAUUACCUGUUAUUAUCACCUGUUCCAUAAUGCUACUGUUUAUCUGUGCCUAGUUUUAUCCAUUCCUUUUACCUCAAGUCAUUACACUCCAGCAUUAGCUGUGUGAAGAUGGCUGUCUCACUAGAUUAGCAUUAGUUAUAUACUGCUAAACGGAUUUCUUUACACAGCUAAUUAGCAUAAUGCUAAUAAGUCCAUUAGCUAUAUAAAUGAUAAAUCAGGCAUUUUGUCGCUAAUUUCAGGAAUUUGAAUGAGGAAUUCCUAGUCGUCAUUUCAUCCUGACAUUUUGUUUAUUUUCCCACCAUUUUUACUGCUUUUGCUUUGAGUUUUAAUAGGUCUUCACAAAGCUUUCUCGCCUGACUCUUUAUUUACUUUAGCAUUUUCGCUGUAAUUUAAACUUGGACAGACCCCACAAAUAUUACAGCAUAUGUGCCAACUAAUGAUUGUUACUGAAAACUUUUAAAUCUUUACUAGUGACAAUGAGAUGAAUAUAUUUUCCCUAGACUGUAUAAUAUUAAUAGCAUUUUUAACUAGAUCUAAUAUGUAUAAAUGUGGCUGUGGGAAUGGGUAUUUUACAAAAAAUCAGUGACUGAUGUUUGUUUUACAGUAAUAAAUGCUGUGUAUUAUCAAG